AUGCCGUACUGCAUGGUUCCUGGUUGCACAAAUUGUUCAAAGAAGACAAAAGGGAGUGAUAUAUCGUAUCAUCGUUUGCCAAAUGAUCAGCAAAUGCGAAGAACAUGGCUCAGACGUGUUCGUCGUGACAACCUGCCGAAAGCUAAUUCGUGCUAUGUUUGCAGCGCUCAUUUUACCCCAGAUUGUUUCGAGGGUUCUCUUAAAGAAUUAUUUGGCAUGAAAGGGAAAAAGGCUCUAAAAUCUGGAAGUGUUCCAUCGAUAUUUCCGUUUUUACAUCGCAAACCAGAACGCGAAUUAUCAUAUAAGAGGGCACAAAUCAGAGAGAAAAUUGCGAAAGACGAGGUAAUUUCUAUUACUGUAGAAGUGUAUAUUUCUGUGUGAACAGACUAGAUUGCGAAAUCUAUAAAGGUUAUGGUAGGGGAUAGCAAUUACUAAUUUACUGUACAUUCUCUAUUAUGGACACCAGAGCUUUACUUUUCAGGUCUAUUGGAUGGGGGGGAGGGGGGUAGUCCCAAGGCGGGCUCAAUAGAAUAGGGUUAUAGCUUAAUAUGAAACCACAGAAAAGCAACAUUAUUAGCGUCCGGGGUAAAUUAUUUAUCUAGUCAUUAACAUGAAUGCAGGGGGGGGGGAUAGAGGAUUUAUGGUUUGAUCCAUAAGUACUUUAAUAAUGAAUUAAAAUGGUCCACCGGGUAGCCACGUUUUUGGACUAUUUUAAUUCAAAAGUGGCAAAAAACGUGGAUUUCUUUGCAGGAAGUAGCAAGCCUACUAAAAAUAAACAGCGAAGAGCAUGAAAUGAGCAAUACAUGUAUUGAACAAGAACUGCCAAGUACGUCAAGUCACGAUGCAGAAACACAGUGUGAUUUGAAGAUUUUGUUGGAUGCAGAGGUCCAGAGUGAAAAAAUAUUAAAACGGAGUAGUGCUAUACAAACUCUUGCCCAACGUAAAAGUAAAUCUAAAAAUAAAAAAAAUUCUUCUACUGUUCGCAAUAUAAAUAACAGUUGUCCAGUUCCUACUCCUCCUUCAACACCGAUGGAAACAAAAGGACAAAAGUCAUCCACUAUCCGUGCUCUAUAUUGUAAUGAUCCUGUUGUCACCUCCCCUUCAAGAUCAGUUGUCAGGAAAGAAACGGACACAAACAUGACACUAUCUGAUUCUGAACAGAUUGUGAACAUUUGCAGUAGUAGUGAGGAUGACACAUCAGAUAGUGAUAUCACAUCAGAUAGUGACGACGAUUAUAUUUGCUCAGAAUUAGACACCAGUGAUGAGUCUGACCAGGAAGAACUAAAAAAUGAAAGAAAAUUUAUUGUGUUUGAAAGUAUGCUUGAUCAGCUAUUUAUCAACUGUAACGCGUGUGGUUCUCUAUGUGAGAUUGAAAAGUCCAACACUGGUAGCAUGGUAGGAAUCAAAGCAACAUGUUGUAACAACCAUACCUUUCACUGGAGAUCACAACCAGAGAUAGAUAACAAGCCAGCUGGUAACAUUUUGAUUCCUGCUGCAACUGUCAUUACUGGGGGAUCCUAUGAAUCUAUGAAACAAUUUUCUAAUGCACUUAAUUUAAACUUUGUUAAUAAAGACCAGUUUUACGAUGUGCAGGAUAAGAUUGUUUUCCCAGUCAUCAACAAUGCCUAUGAAAAACAACGGAAGGAUGUAAUUGAAACAAUCAAAAAGGAGAAUACUGCAGUCAACUUAUGCGGUGAUGGUCGAUCUGAUAGUCCUGGUCAUAGUGCUAAAUAUGGUACAUACACUUUGAUGGACGAAGAUUCAGGGAAGAUUAUAGAUUUCUCCCUUGUGCAAGUCUCGGAAGUUUCUUCCUCUAAUGCAAUGGAGAAUGAAGGCUGUCAAAGGUCACUCAACAAAGUUAUUGACCAAAAUGUCCAUAUAAGAUCUUUGUCAACUGAUCGUCAUACCCAGAUCACAUCAGAGAUGAGGAAGAAAUACCCCUCCAUAAUCCAUCAGUAUGAUGUGUGGCAUCUGUCGAAGUGGAUUAAAAAAAAAUUGGGGAAGAAAGCUAAGACAAAGAUCAAUGAAUCGCUUCUUAAAUGGAUCCAAUCUGUGUCCAAUCAUCUGUGGUGGUGUUCACAGACUUGUGGUGGUGAUGCUGAAGUUUUACGUGAGAAAUGGGUCUCCAUCUUGAAUCAUGUGGUUAACAAACACAGAUGGAAGAAUGGCAAGCGAUUUCGAAAGUGUGGACAUGGGCGUCUCUCUAGAAGAAAGGAAAGGAAGACAAAAUGGUUAGAGGAUGGGUCUGCAGCAUACGUAGCACUAGAAGGGGUGGUUCUCAAUAAAAAACUUUUAAAAGAUAUUGAAAAACUCACAGAAUUUCAUCAUACCGGCGACCUUGAAGUCUACCAUUCACUAAUGUUGAAGUACAUUCCCAAACGUCGUCAUUUUUCAUACAAAGGCAUGUUGGCCAGAACCCAAUUGGCAGUGAUUGACCACAAUUCCAACACUGGAAGGAAGCAAGCAACAGUUACAAAGGGAAGCAAGAAAGGGGAAAAGAGGUACAAGGUAAUUUUCCCGAAAGGCAGAAAGAGAUGGGUUGCAAAACCAGUUAAGGCCAGUAAGUCCUUUUCCUUUAUCCAAAACUUGAUGGAAGAUGUUUUUUCCUUCAAGUAUGACAAGAAAAAACCCUAUACUUCAACGAUGCCUGCCAAUAUUCCAAAGAACAUUGCACCCACACCAAGGCCAUGCAAAGAAGAGAUUAUAACAGCACACAGAUCACGAAUGGGAAAGAAACCAUAA